UGAAGCUCGAUAGUCAUCCGUCGUUCGUUCUUGUGCUACUCCAAUAUUUCUUUCCCUAAUAUUCACAAACUGUUUUUACCAAUUAAUAACAAUGGCGCCAUUUGAUAAGAAAAGAAAGACUGGUCCCACCAAUGAUUCAUUUAUGCGGUCGAAGAAAGCUUCGGAAUCCGAUGAUCGACCUUCGAAACGACCAAGAGCAGAAGAGAAAGAGGGUACAAGUGCAUCUACCACAAAAUUACCUCCAGCGACCAAAAUAUCUCGGCUUAAGGAGGAAGAAGUCGCAUUCCCAAGAGGUGGUGCAAGUGUAUUGACCCCAUUGGAGCAUAAACAAAUCCAGAUUGAUGCUACCAGAGACGUUUUAUUCGAACAAUAUGGAGCCAAAUCUUCUAGGCCUGAUGGAGAAGUUCAAGAGGGCGAGGACACUUCAAAAGUAAAGAAGAGGGGAAAGGGUAAAGGCAAGAGUAAAAAGAAAGCUGAAGAUACCGACGUCGAAGAAGACACAGUCAAAAUUGAAGGAUUGAGCUACAAGGUACGUGCUACAACCAUUUAAUGCUAGAACUGGCUAUUUGCUCACAAUCUGCAGAGAUUAGUGCCUGGCUCUUUGGUACUUGGCCAAGUGUCACAGAUCAAUGCUACAGAUAUUGCUCUAUCACUGCCAAAUAAUCUGACGGGAUAUGUGCCCAUUACUUCGAUAUCCGACAAAGCUACGGAACGGAUCGAGGCGAUCGCGGCGGCCCAGGAAGAUGAUGCGGAGGACGAGCUCGAGGCGCAGGAUAUUGAGUUAAAGGAGAUGUUCUCAAUGGGACAGUACCUCAGGGCAUAUGUCGUUUCUACCAGCGAUGAGACAAACACAGCCACGCUAGGAAAAGGUAAAAGACGAAUCGAAUUAUCUCUCCGACCCCAACAUGCCAACAAUGCCGUCACUCCACAGAAUCUCAUUACCAACACCACUUUAAUGGCAUCUGUUACAAGCGUCGAAGAUCAUGGCUUAAUCAUGAACAUUGGACUUGAAGAUUCUGGUGUUCGUGGUUUCAUGGGCGCAAAAGACAUAGGCCACGAAGUCGUGUUGUCGGAUGUGCAGGAAGGCGCCGUGUUUCUGUGCAUGGUCACUGGCCUCAGUUCCAACGGAAAGACAGUCAAGUUAUGCGCCGACACUCAAAAGAUUGGCAAUUUGAAGAAAUCAAAUUAUCUCACAGAUGCUCCAACGGUGGAUGCUUUUCUCCCGGGAACGGCGGUCGAGAUAUUGAUCGUUGACGUCAGCUCAAGGGGUGUGACUGGAAAAGUCAUGGGUAUGGUUGAUGUUACUGCAGAUUUGAUGCAUUCCGGCACUGGUGUAAUGAACCAAGAGCUAGAAAAGAAAUUCAAGAUUGGUGCCAAGGUUAGAGGCAGAGUCAUUUGCACUUUUCCAAAUUCUGACCCUCAAAAACUUGGUGUCUCUCUUCUUGACCAUGUUGCAUCGCUGUCGCCCCAGCAAGCAGGAAAACCUGGAAACAAAGUAGAUCCACUCGACGCCUUGCCUUUGUCUGCCAUCAUCGAAGAAGUUGCAAUCAAGAAAGUCGAGUCUGGAGUUGGUCUUUUUGUGGACGUGGGAGUUAAGGGUAUCCCUGGCUUUGUUCACAUCUCUCGAGUCAAAGACGGCAAGAUAGAGACUUUGGAGGAGACAACAGGCCCCUAUAAAGUAGGGUCGGUUCACCGAGGUCGCGUGCUUGCCUACAACUCCCUCGACGGUGUAUACCUUGUUUCUCUGGAAAAAAGUGUUCUGGAACAGCCUUAUCUGCGGAUUGAGGAUUUAAAGGUUAGUGAGGUUGUGAAGGGGAAGGUUGAGAAGCUCAUUGUCAACGCAAACGGUGUCGGCGGACUACUAGUUAAUCUGGCAGAAAACAUCUCUGGACUCGUGCCGGAGACUCAUUUGGCGGAUGUGCAAUUGCUUCACCCCGAGAAAAAAUUCAAGGAAGGCAUGUCCGUCACAGCACGUGUUCUAUCCACAGACCCUGGGAAAAGACAGAUUCGGUUGACACUCAAGAAGACACUCGUCAAUUCCGAAUCGCCUGCUUUCAUUUCGUACGAUGGCAUAACUGUUGGAAUGCAAAGUCCAGGUACUAUUGUAAACAUCAUGAAUACAGGUGCGGUGGUCCAAUUUUACGGCAACAUUCGAGGGUUUUUGCCUGUCUCCGAAAUGAGCGAGGCUUACAUUCAGGAUCCCAGUCAGCAUUUCAAGGUUGGACAAGUCGUUAAUGUUCAUGUUUUGAAGGUUGAUCCCGAGUCUCAGAAGUUAACGGUCUCUUGCAAAGAUCCCUCCGUCUUCGGACUAGCACAGCAAAAUGCGUUGAAGAAUCUUAAAAUUGGCGAGAUUUUGUCUGCUCUCGUCAUAGAAAAGUCGAACGACGAUAUUUCUGUUGAAAUCCAAGGACUAGGGCUGAAGGCAACGCUGCCUGUUGGUCAUCUUACCGAUGGAUCGGAGAACAAAAGCCGUUCUUCCUUCAAGAAUAUUCGUGUCGGCCAGGUAUUAACAGAUCUUGCUGUAUUGGACAAACAUGAACAGAGACGUUUGAUCGUCUUGACGAAUAAGCCAGCACUUGUCAAAGCUGCUCGGUACAAGACUCUACUGAGAUUGUUCGAUGAUGUGAAGAAGGACAGGACUGUGCACGGUUUCAUUAAAAACAUAACCUUGACUGCAGUGUUUGUACAGUUUGGAGGCGGGCUCACUGGGCUUCUACCUAAAAACAUGAUACCAGAAAAGAAUCUUCGUUUACCAGAUUUUGGAUUCAAGAAAUGGCAAACAGUAGAAGUUAAAGUCAUCAAGAUCGACAAUGGACUGCGGAGAUUUCUUUUAUCUCUGGCUGAUGCUACUUCUGACAAGAAACCUCAAGAAAGUUUAGCCCCCGGUACCAAUCAGGACGCCGUAAACCCUGUUGAUGAAACCAUCAAGAGCAUUGAUGAUAUCACUCUGGGCCGACUUACGAAAGCAAGAGUAUCUUCCGUGAAGGAUACACAGGUAAAUGUACAGCUCGCCGACAAUAUUCAAGGUCGAAUUGAUGUGUCCCAAGCUUUUGAUUCUUGGCCAGAGAUAAAAUCCAAGAAGCAACCUCUGAAGUCAUUCUCUCCGAAGCAGAUCAUCAAUGUCCGCGUUUUAGGGAUACAUGAUGCGCGUAACCAUCGUUUCCUACCUAUCAGUCACAGAUCUGGCAAGACUCUGGUCUUUGAACUGUCCGCUAAGCCAAGUGAUCAAACCGAGGCUGCCCAGGACCCCGUAUCUUUGGACAGAAUUAAGCUUGGCUCUUCUUGGUUAGCAUUUGUCAACAAUGUUGGAGCCGAUUGUCUCUGGGUUAAUCUAUCUCCUAAUGUCCGUGGCCGUAUCAGCGCUUUGGAUGUAUCAGAUGAUGUAUCAUUGAUUAAGGACCUGGAAGCAAACUUUCCCAUUGGCUCUGCCAUCCGGGUUCACGUCAAGGGCGUGGAUGUUGAAACGAAUCGUCUAGAUUUGUCUGCUCGCUCUAGUCAAGAUUCUGACACCCUUACCUUUGAUAGACUAAGCAAAGGCAUGAUCGUACCAGGAAAGGUAACAAGAGUCAAUGAACGACAGGUCAUGGUACAAAUUACUGAUAGCAUAUCUGCGCCUAUCAAUCUUACGGACCUUUGCGACGAUUUUUCGGAAGCUGAUCCUUCAAGGUACUCUAAGAAUGACAUCGUUCGGGUUUGCGUCACUGAUCUCGAUAUUCCCAACAAACGUGUGCGGUUGUCAACUCGAGCAUCUAGAGUGAUCAACUCCUCUGCGGCAGUCCAAGACGUAGAGAUAUCAUCAAUCUCGCAAUUGAAAGUAAAUGACAUUGUGCGUGGAUUUGUCAAACACGUCGCUGAUAAAGGGCUUUUUGUCAAUUUGGGCGGUAAUGUGACAGCAUAUGUUCGAAUUUCGGACCUUUCGGAUUCUUACAUCAAAGACUGGAAAUCGGAAUUUCAAGUCGACCAAUUAGUCAAAGGUAAAGUCACAGUUGUUGAUGAGGUUUUGAACCACAUUCAAUUGAGUCUUAAACCUUCCGUUAUCGACAAAGAUUACAUUGCGCCUCUGACGUUCAACGAUAUCCACGUGGACCAAAUUAUUACCGGAAAAAUUCGUAAAGUCGAGGACUUUGGUGUCUUUAUCGUCAUCGAUGGCUCAGCAAAUGUGAGCGGCCUUUGUCACCAAAGUGAAAUGGCCGAAAAGCGUGUUCACGAUAUCAAAAAGUUGUACUCCGAGGGCGAUGAAGUCAAAGCUAUCGUAUUGAAGAUGGACCCCGAGAAGAAACGCAUCAGUUUCUCCAUGAAGGCUUCACACUUUGAGGACGGAGAAGAGUCUGCUGGGAGUGAGGAUGACGGUGUGGAGGGCGUUAAGCUCGAUAACAUGGAUCUCGAUGACAAUGAUGAUGAAAGUGAAGGCGGUGUUGAAUUUGAUGAUGUGCAAGAUUUUGAAAGUACUGCGGAAGAUGCAGAUGAAGCCUCCGAUUCUGACGAGGAAAUGCAAGAUGUUGGGGAUGAUGUUUCCGCUCUUAGUGCUGGUGGAUUUGACUGGUCUGCUGAUAUACUGGACCAAGCAGAUGGUCAAUCUAACGCCGAUUCGGAAGAAUGCAUUGAAGAGAAGCCUAAGAAAAAGAAGAGAAAGGCAGAAAUCAAAAUUGAUAGAACGGGUGACCUUGAUGCCAACGGACCGCAAUCUGUCAGUGACUUUGAGCGUCUCCUUUUGGGUCGGCCAGACUCCUCCAGUCUCUGGACCCAGUAUAUGGCUUUCCAGAUGCAACUCAGCGAGCUAGGCAAAGCUAGAGAGAUCGCCGAGCGUGCCAUCAAGACUAUUAAUAUGCGUGAGGAAACAGAGAAGCUCAAUAUUUGGCUUGCUCUUCUCAAUCUGGAGAUUGCAUAUGGAAACGAUGAAACCGUUGAAGAAGUAUUUAAACGAGCUUGUCAGUAUAAUGACGCCCAAGAGGUUCAUGAAAGAUUGGCUAGUAUCUACAUUCAGUCGGGCAAAAACGAGGUAAGGAACAGUCAUGGAAUUCAGAACACUUACGCUAACAACACUGCAGAAAGCUGACGAACUGUUCCAAACUCUUACCAAGAAAUUUUCACAAUCUCCUACCGUAUGGGUCAAUUAUGCACACUUCCUUUUCAACACUCUCGGGUCGCCUGAUCGCGGCCGUGCUCUCCUUCCACGUGCAACCCAGUCGCUUCCUCCACACACACAUCUUCCUUUGACGCUCAAGUUUGCAGCUUUAGAGUUCCGCUCUGAACACGGUUCUCCAGAACGUGGACGCACUAUCUUUGAGGGCGUUUUAGCGAAAUGGAACAAAAGACUGGACAUCUGGGGGCAGCUUUUGGAUCUGGAAACCAAGGCGGGCGAUGCGGCCAUUGUCAGGGGGGUCUUCGAACGAGUGGCUCGAAUCAAGGGGCUGAAACCGAAGGGUGCGAAGGGGUGGUUCAAACGAUGGAGUGAGUGGGAGGAGGCGAAUGGUGAUAAAAAGUCCCAAGAGAAAGUAAGAGCCAUUGCCGAGGAGUGGGUCAGGAGUAAGUCUGAGAAGAAAGAUGAUCAGGAUUGAUGAGCCAUUGUGCUGAGGAGAAGAUACCAAAAAGCUUUGUGUAGGAAAUGCUGCUUAGGGGGGGGAAUGGAUGAUGUAGCGCAAAUGAAACAUCAAGCCAAUCGAAUGUCAUCUGUCAAAAUGAAUAAAUUGCUGUAUUUUAGGAUGCUUAUAAGAGUGAUGAUGGUGAUUGCAUAUGAAUG